GUCGGGCUCGCCUGGGGAGCCCCAGUGGAGGAGGCUGCGAAACUUGGGGGAGUGUGCGAGAAGGACUGCGGAGCGCACGCGGGACUGGACUGCGACUCGGGUGCUGGUCCCGGCUUAGGGGAGCAGGAGCCGGCCGGAGAUGCCCUGUAUCCAAGCCCAAUAUGGGACAACAGCACCGAGCCCAGGACCGCAUGACCACCUGGCAAGUGACCCCCUGACCCCUGAGUUCAGCAAGCCUACCAUGGACCUGGCCAGCCCUGAGGCAGCCCCUGCUGCCCCCACUACCCUACCUAGCUUCAGCACCUUCAUGGACAGUUACACUGGAGAGUUUGACACCUUUCUUUACCAGCUGCCGGGGACAACCCAGCCAUGCUCUUCCACCUCUUCCUCAGCCUCCUCCACGUCCUCUUCCUCAUCUUCAGCCACCUCUCCUGCCUCUGCUUCCUUCAAGUUCGAGGACUUCCAGGUGUACGGGUGCUAUCCUGGCACCCUGAAUGGCCCACUGGAUGAGACUUUGUCCUCCAGUGGCUCUGAUUACUAUGGCAGCCCCUGCUCAGCCCCCUCACCAUCCACACCCAGCUUCCAGCACCCCCAGCUCUCUCCUUGGGAUGGCUCAUUUGGCCACUUCUCCCCAAAUCAGACUUAUGAAGGCCUACGGGCAUGGACAGAGCAGCUGCCCAAGGCUUCUGGGCCCCCACCACCUCCAGCCUUCUUUUCCUUCAGUCCCCCAACCGGUCCCAGCCCCAGCUUGGCCCAGAGUUCCCUGAAGUUGUUCCCAUCUCCAGCCACCCACCAGCUGGGGGAGGGAGAAAGCUAUUCCAUGCCAGCAGCUUUCCCAGGUUUGGCACCCACUUCCCCGCACCUCGACACUUCCGGGAUCCUGGAUGCACCCAUGACCUCCACCAGGGCCCGGAGUGGGGCUUCAGGUGGCAAUGAGGGCCGCUGUGCUGUAUGUGGGGACAACGCUUCAUGCCAGCAUUAUGGGGUCCGCACCUGUGAGGGCUGCAAGGGUUUCUUCAAGCGCACAGUGCAGAAAAGUGCCAAGUACAUCUGCCUGGCAAACAAGGACUGCCCUGUGGACAAGAGACGACGGAACCGCUGCCAGUUCUGCCGCUUCCAGAAGUGCCUGGCUGUGGGCAUGGUGAAGGAAGUUGUUCGGACAGACAGUCUGAAGGGGCGGCGGGGCCGGCUACCUUCAAAACCGAAGCAGCCCCCAGAUGCCUCUCCUGCCAAUCUCCUCACUUCCCUAGUCCGGGCACACCUGGACUCAGGGCCUAGCACUGCCAAGCUGGACUACUCAAAGUUCCAGGAGCUGGUGCUGCCCCACUUUGGGAAGGAAGAUGCUGGUGAUGUGCAGCAGUUCUAUGACUUGCUCUCUGGUUCCUUGGAUGUUAUCCGCAAGUGGGCUGAGAAGAUUCCUGGCUUUGCUGAGCUUUGCCCAGGAGACCAAGACCUGCUGCUGGAGUCGGCCUUUCUGGAGCUUUUCAUCCUCCGCUUGGCCUACCGGUCUAAGCCCGGCGAGGGGAAACUCAUCUUUUGCUCGGGCCUGGUGCUACAUCGCCUGCAGUGUGCCCGUGGUUUUGGUGAUUGGAUUGACAGUAUCCUGGCCUUCUCGAGGUCCCUGCAUAGCUUGGUGGUUGAUGUCCCUGCCUUCGCCUGCCUCUCUGCUCUGGUCCUCAUUACUGACCGGCAUGGGCUGCAGGAGCCACGGCGUGUCGAGGAGCUACAGAACCGCAUUGCCAGCUGCCUGAAGGAACACGUGGCCACCGUGGCAGGAGAGCCUCAGCCAGCCAGCUGCCUGUCCCGUCUGCUGGGCAAACUGCCUGAGCUGCGGACCCUGUGCACCCAGGGCCUGCAGCGUAUCUUCUACCUCAAGCUGGAGGACUUGGUGCCCCCUCCACCAAUCAUCGACAAGAUCUUUAUGGACACGCUGCCCUUCUGACCCCCACCCUGAACAUGCGUGCACACGUGUGUGUCUUACACCACCCCAUGUGCCUUUAGCCUACGGACCUCCAGAAACCCCCCCUAGCCUGGGCUUGAGCUGAGACUGAUCACCUUGUUACUCCUGGAUGUGGACAGGGAUCUCAAGUCCAUGGGGAGGGGCGCAUUCACGGGGGUGACCCUACCAUUUGUCUUAUCCCCCUAGCCCAGCCCUGGCCUUCAUGUUUUUUGUAAGAUAAACCGUUUUUAACACAUGCCACCCUGCUGUAAAUAAGCUGAAGCUGUUGUAAAUACAGGAAGGAAGAGGUUGAGGUGGGGGUUGGGAGGAAGGGAUGGGGCCCCCACCAGCCUGGGCAAGCCUUUCCAGCCUCCGACUUGCUCUCUUCCCACCCUCCUUCCACAUGUAUAUAACUGUCACUCGAGGAAGAAGACAAAUUGACAGAUUCUGAUUUAUAUUUGUGUAUUUUUUCCUGGAUUUAUAGUAUGUGACUUUUCUGAUUAAUAUAUUUAAUAUAUUGAAUAAAAAAUAGACCUGUAGCUGAAAUUGA